AUGCCUCGACCAGCCACUCCUGUAGCCAAGGCCUACCGUACAUUCGGCUGCAGAGUCUGCAACACGCAGGUUACCACUACCAAGCACGUCCUUCACUGCGAUGUAGCCGGCUUCAAUGGUCCGGCCAUGCUCGUACGACAUGUAACGGACGCUGCGGCGGCCGACAAUCCUCGGAAACCGCUCCAGAUGGAGGGCGGGUGGUACACCGUGCGGGCUAUGGUGUGCCGAUCUUGCGGAGGUUACUUGGGAUGGACCAUACUGCAGGCAUACCAGCUCGCAUCUCAGUGGAUGGAGGGUCACGCAGUCGUCGAGCUAUCCAGCGUCUCGUACCAAGACGAACGCGACCAUGUCGAGGCAAAACGUCGGCGGAGCGCGGAACGGCAAUAUGCCCAUGUUCGGCUUGAACCCCUCAGGCGCAAACAGAGCUUCUCGUCGAGCUCGGACGACAGCACAAGCCUGACAGCCUCAAGCGAGGCGCUGCCCUUGGCAGCUGCUGUCCGAUGCUAUCAAGUCCAGACAGGCGAGUUAGGAAAGUUUCAUACGCUCUUUGGACAUUGA